AUGAGAGCCGCCGGCGAUUCAGGUUCGGGGGGGCGGCACAACGCUCUGCUGCUUAACUGUGUGGAGGCAGCAAAGAGUGUUUUUGCUGCAGCAUCUGCUGCAGCUGUGGCUGGCGGUGGUGCUGCUCAAACAGUGUGCGCUGCUGCUGCUGCUGCAGUUCACCCGACGGUCGCCGCGGCUGCCAGCCAUUUUGCUGCUGCUAAUAUGAAUCCUGCUACAGUGCUAUUGCUGCACCAGCUGCAGCAGCAGCAGCAGCAGCAGCAGCAAGACUAG